CACAAGAUGUUUGACGCUGAAAUGAAUUACAAAAAGAUAGAAGAAUAGGAAAACAACUAAUAAUAUGACAAAUAUAAUGAAUUUAGUAAUUUUUUUUUCAAAUUUGGCGCCAUUAUCCCCACCUCGUUUAGUCUCACUAUGCCGCCAAUAAACUGCCGUUGCUAGGCGUCACUUUGUUUUCCGAUCAAUUCCAGGUACGCCGUGUUCUUGUGCGUAGUGUAAUAUUGCUGAGAGUCGAUUUUAUAAAAAAUACGCGUACUAUAAACAAUGGCUCGUACCAAGCAAACUGCCCGUAAAUCAACGGGAGGAAAAGCUCCCCGUAAACAACUGGCCACCAAAGCCGCCAGGAAAUCAGCACCCUCAACAGGAGGAGUGAAGAAGCCCCAUCGUUACCGUCCUGGUACGGUCGCUCUACGAGAAAUCAGAAGAUACCAAAAAUCCACCGAAUUGCUCAUCCGAAAAUUACCCUUCCAACGAUUGGUGAGAGAAAUUGCACAAGAUUUCAAAACUGAUCUUCGGUUCCAGUCGGCUGCUAUUGGGGCCCUACAGGAAGCCAGCGAAGCUUACUUGGUAGGUUUGUUUGAAGACACCAACUUGUGUGCAAUCCACGCCAAGCGAGUAACCAUUAUGCCGAAAGACAUACAGUUGGCCCGCCGAAUCCGUGGUGAACGAGCUUAAGCUGUUUUCGUAUAAUCAUUACUUUAAUAUUUUCUUAGUUUUACAAGCGGUUUUCAUAGCACACUUACUGCCAGUUGUGUCGUAGUAACAUAGGUGUUUAUGUUCAUUUGGAACAAUGUACCCGUGAAAUCAUGUAAUUUCGGUUUAUUUAUCAGAUGGCUGUUUAAAUUUGGAAAUCAUUCUGGUUGCAGUAAAAUUGAAAUUCGUUUUUUUUUUAGACUUAAAUGUAUAGGUUUUUUCAUUUAGUGUUUAGUCAUUUCGGAUGGUGUUACACAACCUCUAAAUAAAGGAGUUCUCGUAUAAA